AUGCCAAAGAUAUUUUUUGUCCCGUUUUUUUGUUAUCAAGUCCGAGAUUCUAAGGGAUUUCUUGUCGGCCAUACUCUGGAGUUUUUGAAAAUCUUCAUUAGCCAGAAUCCUGGCCUGCUCGUGCCUGUCAAUGGACCAAGUCUACGGUCCAAUGCUGGUGUUUGGGUCUGCUAUAGCAGAGGAUUUCGGACAAAGUGUGUCCAGCUGGGUUCCACUGAUAAUACUGCGAAGUUACGCAAACGAGGUCAGAUCAAAAUGGAUUUUUGUUACACUACGGUGUUCGGACAGAAAAAUGCCUACACCACGGUAUUAUUUGUUCAUAUUGACCAAACGCCGGCCCCCUUCUCCGCCUCCGCUAUCUUAUCAUCUUCAUCUGUUCCUGCUACUCUACCAGUUGGUUUGGACAGUCGACUUUCUUCUAAUGCUAUCAGUCCAGACGGCGCUGGUGGUACUGCUGGUUGUGCUGAGGUUGGAGUUGCAUUAGACUCUGACCGAGCCGCUAAUCAAAUCACGGGAUCAGGCUUACCUGCAGCUCAAGUCGGUGGUAUUAGUGAUGUCAAUAGUGACACCAGUUACCUGUGUGUAGAUGCCGAGAGAUGCAAAUGCAGUCCUGCAGACUUAGCUCUGUUGGCUGAGGAGCAUGGCGGUCUGACCGGUCUGGCUCGCAUGGCCUGGGAGGAGGAGACGGGCAAUUGGCACAGGCAAAAAAUUAGUUAUCAUAUACUUGAUUUUCAUCAAUUUAGAUAG